GUGACCGUGUUAUUCCGAGAGUCUAUAUCGCGAACUUCCACCAUGAAGCUGGCAGUGCUACUGCUAACGCUGGCCGUGAGCUGGACAAGUGCGAAAAGUGGAAACGCAGAAUCGUCGAACGAGGAUUUAAUGAAACGUGCUGCAUCACAAUUGGAAAGGUUAUCGACGUUCCGAAGGCCGAGGGAGCCUCAAAAAACGCAGUCGGAAAUUCCUGCGGAUGUGAACGAGUCGCAGACAAGUCGAAGCGAAGAUCAGAUCCAAGAGGAAAUCGACGAGGCUCAGAAUAGAAUCGACGACUUACGAGCAUCGGCAUCAGCGGUUCUUCAGGAUCCUAGGUACGCUGCAAUUAUGCAAGACAGAAUAAAGAGAUCAUUUAUUUCUGGAUUUGCGAAUAAGCUGAUCGGCGGGGCGGUCGGUGCAGUGAGUGGCUUAUCACGCGGUGUUUCGGGACUUUCUUCGUCCAAUACACCGAGCGAGUACGGAUCGUAUGGUCAUUCGUAUCAAAGUCAGUUCAGUAUCUGGGACUUUAAGAAAGCUAUUAUCAACACCCUGAUACAAGCGAUCAAGGCAAUUGGUGGAGGUGCAAUCGCUGGCGGCGGUGCACUCGUCAAAGGGAGUGGAUACCUCGUUUCGGCGAAAGGCCGGUUCAUAAGUUCGGCCGGAGAUGCAAUAACUUCGUUGGGUAAAGCAUUGGCGAGUAGUGCUAUAAUUGCUUCAUCCAAACCAGUUUAUGGUCCUCCUGGGUAUUCAUAUGGUCACCCACCUAAUAACUACCUUCCCGCUGCAGCAGACCACGCUUACGAUGGUCCGCUCCCUAACGAAGACGUUUACGCCGGUUCCGGCAAUGCAUACAAUGCUGAUCACUCCAGUUACGCCGCUCCUUCGAACGACGACAGCGGAGACAACGACCCUGGUUUGCUGAUCGUGAAGGACACAAAACCAGAACACGCUAACGAAGAGGAACACGCCCCACCCUCAGCAGGCCAGGACAAUUCAAACUUGGCAGCCCUCGAAGAGAGCUUUGGUGGGCCACCAAAGGGCCCAUCGACGAUAACCAAACUAAUAGGAGUAUUAAAUUCGGGUCAACCAACCGUUGCUAAUCAAAUCCAUCACGAGGAACAGAUUAAUUAUUAUCCUGAGCACAAAGAUCAAGAACCACCGAAGAGUGGGCCAGCGCUAGAGUCUAAUUACGAGACUCCUCAUCAUCAGAGUAACCAAGUAAACGUUGACAAUCAAAAUUAUUAUGAUUACCAGCAGAACGGUCAAAUUUACGAUUCGUAUGGAAUGAAAUUGGAAACUUCAUCGCCUCAAUUGAGUACGCAUACGGAAGUACAUCACGGAAAUCAAGACAACCAUCAAUCGUUAGCCCUUCAGAUCCAAGGCAUUUUGAAUCCGCAUUUAGAAGUACCAAAAAUCAACAAUCCAGACACCUUCAAGGAUACGACGAACUUUAUCGAUAAUAAUCAUGACGGAAAUCAACAGCACCUGGAACCACUGAACAUUCCUAAUAUUGAUUAUCACACCAAUCAUAUUGACCAUCAACCCAUUGAAAUGAUCGAUUAUUACGGCCUGCCGAAUUAUUCCGGCGGAGCUCAUGUCAUCAACGCAAUGAGUGCUCAGUCCGCAGGCAUUCCUCUGCCACUGCCAGUCCUGCCAAACGCCUAUCCGCUCAACAACCCCACUGGCUUCGGACACCAUCUCCAUCACCCACCACCAGGAGCAACCACCCUUGGUGUUUGGAAAAGAAUGAACCGAAGAGCCAGCAGUUUGGCGAAAAGAAUGGCCCUCAGUAACAAUGGACUGCACAUACAACGAUCGGUUGGUUACAGGCUGCUCAACGGAAAACUUAUGAGGAUAUAGACUGACCAGUAAUGAGCACAAAGAAAACAAAACGAACAUUGUAUUUCUAUCGCGAAGUGGUCAUAUCGUACACGUAUUACCAUCCGUAUCCCAUGCCUUAUCGCAAGAUACGAGGGUACAGGUUUCGUCACUGAAUAUCGAUCGGCGAGCUCGUCUCGAGGAUGACGAAAAAGAGUGCAAUGAGGAAAACGUGGUCGAGGAACGAAUUUUCGAUGAUCAUCCACUUUGAGCAUCGGUUUUGAUCAGUGGAUGAAAAGGACGAUCGAUAAUGUGAAUCCGUCAUCGAGAUAUUGCGACCUCGCGACGUAAUAUCGAGGAAACUUUCCGGAUUUUAAUCUCAGGAUGUUUCGUCGAGGAAUUCUUCGAGAUAAGAGUCAAUUGAUAGAUGACGAUGACAAAUACUCAAUUUGAACUUUAGUCAAGGGUGCAAAGCGAAAAAUUCGUCAAUUCGAAUUUCGUUGCAAAUUGCGUGUGAAGAAAAUCUUUCGGGAAAACGAUUUAAUGAUUAUUAGUAUCGAGCUUAAAAACUUGGGCAAAUGUUUUGUGAAUUUAUUUACAAACAUUCAUAUGUAUAAAGUCGAUUUAAUUUAUACAUAGGCUAUUAAUUUUAAUGUGUGACUACGUCGUUACUGUAAUUUUUUAAAAUACGUGACUUGUAUAAAUAGCUGUGUAACAUUAUCUUCGUUUUAGUGAGUAAAUACUCCAGUCCUAAGUA